AUUUUGUAGAGGCCUUAAAAAUUAUCGAGUUGUAUAAGAUUUUAGAAGUCUUAACAUUUUUAUAUUCCGCUGCUAAAUAUCGCCAAGAAGUGAGACUGAGGAUCUGAACUUGGGCUGAAUAUCGGCAUUUUCCAUAAAAAAACGACAAAUCAAGAAACCUUUUUUUAGGAAGAAACAUAAACAAAACAAUCAACCAAGACUAUAUUUUGUAUUUGGUCAAAGAAUCUGGGCUUAGGGGUUUGGGGAAGAACCGAAGAUGAUACAAUCCCUACCCUACUUUUUCGAUCAAAUUGACACUCAUUGACGGAUCUCGCAUUUUGGAUGUUUCUACGCCUUCCUACUUCCUUCUUCAUUCUUCCUAUUUCUUCCUUUAACCAUUUCCGAAUAUUCCUUCCCGUCGUUUCCUGUUUCCUUGCUUUACUCGCAUUAUUAUACAUUUGCUAUUUACAGCCUUACUUUUCUUGAUUUUUCUCUUUUUUAUUCCGAUCGUACCUAAAUCUGCCGAUUUUCCCACUUUCCAGGCCAUCACUGUGAUCUGAUAUUGAUGCGAUCCUGCUGAGGCUCAUUGGAAGCUGAUAGAUACAAACCCAGUUGUAACAUUUAUCAAUUAAUUUAGAGAAAUAAGUUGAGGAAUUCUUUAUGGAUUUAAAUAGAAGUCGUGGUGAUCCUUACUAUAUGCUUCUCACUGAUCCCCUCCUUUCCAUUGUUGAUAAUUCCCUCCACCACUCUAAAUAUCUGCUAGCACCUGGAGCUAUUGCGAUUCGAGAAGCAUUUUCCUGCUUUUCUAAGCUCGCUGGUGCCUUCGUGUUUUGGUAUUCUGGUGUAUCCCAGAUUAAAAGCAGAUUUCUUGGCACUCAUGUCUCUGGCAGUGAAACUCUUAAUUCUAUUGGACAAGUGAAACACAGUACCUCUUCUAAUAACUAUCAUUAUGUGGGUAAUCAAUCUUGCUUUAGAUUCCCUCAUGAAUCCUUCGCUACACUCUUUGGUCACAAGAUUUCAGCCUUUUCUAUUGAACAAUUUUUUAGAGCAGCUGACUAUAUUCAACCAAUUCCUGUGUUCUCUCUUGCUGCUGCUGUCAUACCACCGCUUGAUCACUUAACUCCAGGCAUGCUAACCAUCCCACCCGAGGAUGCUAAUAUACAAAUGUUGGGGUCCUUGGAUAAAAGCCCCUGCAAUGUUCAGCGUCGAGGUUGCAUCGGUCAAGCAUUUCCUGAUUUUAAUUGGGCAAGACAUACAAUUGAACCCAAAACUGGCAUUCAAUUUCCUGCUGUUCUAAAUAGUAUAUUAGCUAUGGACCAUCAAUCCAAUUUAUCAUCGGAGGUUCUCGUUGGAACUGGAUCAAGGGUUAUGACUAUCAUCAAAAUUAAAACUUUGAAGGUCUAUGCUUUUGGCUUUUAUAUCAAUCCCAAUUCUGUCUGUCUGAAAUUGGGUUCCAAAUAUGGUUCUGUUCCUGUUGCAGAACUCAAAGAACGCCAUGAUUUCUAUGAAGACCUUCUUAGGGAAGAUAUUGGAAUGACUCUUAGACUUGUGGUAAAUUACAACGGUCUAAAAGUUAAUACAGUUAAAGAUGCUUUCGAGAAGUCUCUCCGAGCUCGAUUAGCUAAGACACAUCCAGAAACAGAUUUCAAAUGCAUCGCGAAAUUUGGUUCUUAUUUCACUAAAGAUAUUCCACUGCCUGUGGGUACUGUGAUUGACUUUAAAAGAACUGCUGAUGGGCAGCUGAUUACUGAGAUUGGAGGUAACCAAAUUGGAGCAGUGAAGAGCAGGGAGUUGUGUCGGGCCUUUUUUGACAUGUACCUUGGAGAAGUUCCUGUAUCAGAGCAGACAAAAGAAGAGAUCGGAAGAAAUAUUGCCACAGUUAUAAAAAGGUGCUGAGCCAAUUUACAUUUUCUUUUUGGGAGUAUUAGGAGCUUUAGCCAAGGGUUUCAUAUGCGUCUUGACCCAUAUUUUUUUCAAUGGGUUCUUGGAUGGUUCGAAGACGCUUUGAUAUAGAGCUACAACAUUUUAUCCUCCAUUUUGAGAGUUUUGGGUUUUGUGUUUAGUGUAUUGCCAAAUUAUUCUAGCCCCGAACAUGUGGUGUACAUAUUGUUUUUUUUUUAGCAAUGUACAAAUGAUGGAACAUGAUUGAAGCUGAUAAUAAUACUUUAGUUUAGGCACUUCUUAGAUUUUGAAUAUGAAGCUUUGAAGGUAAAACUUUUGCCUUCCGAUCGUCCAUUUAGAUUUGGAGCUCUUAAUGCUAAGAAUAGGAUCCAUUUGUAAACGACUGUUCCUGUACCUUUAUAUAAGCGAAGCUCUGUACUCGAGUUGACUGCAAA